CAGGUUUCCUAUCACUGGACCUUUACAAGGGCUGAACCAUGACUUCUCUUCUUAAAAUCCUGAUCCUCAUCUCUACUCUUACAACUACAAGUUACGCUCUCUCGUGCACGCAGUGUGUGUCUGUAUUCUCCUCUACAUGCUCGGGCGACAAAGUGACUUGUCCUUUUGGCUCCUUUUGUGGAUCCAUAAACAUGGAAAUCAUUAUUGGUGGAUUUCCUAUUAAUCUUUUGAUCAGAGACUGCAUGGCCUCACCUGACUGUGAUUUGAAGGCCAGCAUGAGCAUAAAUUAUGGACAAGUCAAGAGGGUCACUUCAUGUUGUGACACUGACAACUGUACUCCUACUAUUCCUGCGUUUUCAGCAAAAAGCUCUAAACCCAAUGGUGUGGUCUGUCGGAUCCCUGCACCUUCUGGUUUAUCGAAUUGGUUUUCAAAUGCAAAUACCAUACAAUGCCGAGGGGACGAGGAUGUGUGUGUUCUCCAGAAAUCAAAAUUAUCAGCUUCUGCAGGAUCCACAUCGAUAUCAAUAGACACCAGGGCGUGUGGAACGAGGACCAUCUGUGACCUAAGUGACCACCUCUAUGACUUUGAUGGAAUCUCAGUUGAAUUUCAGUACAUCUGCAGUAAAGAUAAAGAGGAAUUUUAGUCUUAGAUGAAGUGAUUUUGACUCCGGCUGUGUCUUCUCCUGGGAAAAUACCGGAAACCUACCUGUUCUAUUUUACCAGCAUAUAUUUUAUUUUAGCUUAAAGGGAGAUUGUCACCAGGCAAUUCACUAAUACACCGAGCUCAGGGCCUUGUAUGGCUAGCCCAGCUGAAUGUAAUGAUACCUUUCACUUAGAGAUUCACUGCUUCAUUCUGGAGAAAAAGUACUUUUAAUUCAUAUGGAAAUGAGCAGCCUGGUGCACUGAGGGUGGGCCUAAGUCACUGUGUGCAUCCUUGAUCCUGCCCCUCCUUCUCCCUCUUGUAAGUAGAGUGAGGGACUGGCAGAGGAGGUAGAAGGAGCAAGGGUGCACAGAUUUAAUA